GGUGAGUGGAGCGGUCCGGCCCGCAGUUCCGCGCUGCCGCAGGCGGGUUUGCGUUUCCUCACAGCUUUGUCUCAAAGACUGAAUGAUGCCAAAGAAAGCCAAGCCUGCUGGGACUGGGAAGGAAGAGGGGCCUGUUCCCUGUAAACAGCUGAAAGUGGGGGCAGCUGGGGGGCCCUCCACUUUAAACUUCGAUAGCCCCAGUAGUUUCUUUGAAAGUUUAAUCUCACCCAUCAAGGCAGAGACUUUUUUCAAAGAAUUCUGGGAACAGAAGCCCCUUCUCAUUCAGAGAGAUGACCCUGCGCUGGCCACAUAUUACCAGUCCUUGUUCAAGCUAUCAGAUCUGAAGAGUCUGUGCAGCCGGGGUAUGUACUAUGGAAGAGACGUAAAUGUCUGCCGCUGUGUCAAUGGGAAGAAGAAGGUUUUAAAUAAAGAUGGCAAAGCUCACUUUCUUCAGCUGAGAAAAGAUUUUGAUCAGAAAAGGGCAACAAUUCAGUUUCACCAACCUCAGAGAUUUAAGGAUGAACUUUGGAGGAUCCAGGAGAAGCUGGAAUGCUACUUUGGCUCCUUGGUUGGCUCGAAUGUGUACAUAACCCCUGCCGGAUCGCAGGGCCUGCCACCCCAUUUUGAUGAUGUCGAGGUUUUCAUCCUGCAGCUGGAGGGGGAGAAGCACUGGCGCCUCUACCACCCCACCGUGCCCCUGGCGCGCGAGUACAGCGUGGAGGCGGAGGGCAGGAUAGGGAGGCCGGCACACGAGUUCACGCUGAAGCCUGGUGAUUUGCUGUACUUUCCCAGAGGGACCAUUCAUCAAGCGGACACACCUCCGGGGCUGGCCCACUCGACUCACCUGACCAUCAGCACCUACCAGAACAGUUCAUGGGGAGACUUACUUUUGGACACCAUUUCGGGGCUUGUGUUUGACGCCGCAAAGGAAGACGUGGAGUUCCGGGCCGGCAUCCCCCGGCAGCUGCUCCUGCAGGUGGAAACCACAGGUGAGGCAGUAAGACGACUAAGUGGCUUUCUGAGGACACUUGCAGACCAUCUGGAAGGCACCAACAAGCUGCUUUCAUCAGACAUGAAGAAGGAUUUUGUUAUGAACAGACUCCCACCUUACCAUGUGGGAGACGGAGCAGCGCUCUCAACGCCAGGUGGACAGUUACCAAGGCUGGACAGCAUCGUGAGGCUGCAGUUCAAAGACCACAUCGUACUCACGGUGAUGCCGGAUCGGGGUGGAUCUGAUGAAACUCAAGAAAAGAUGGUUUACAUCUACCAUUCCUUAAAGAACAGGAGACACACACACAUGAUGGGAAACGAGGAAACAGAGGCUCACGGACUUCGCUUUCCUUUAUCUCAUGUGGAUGCACUGAAGCAAAUUUGGAACAAUUCAGCUAUUUCUGUCAAGGACCUGAAACUUUCUACAGACGAGGAAAAGGAAAACCUGGCAUUGUCCCUCUGGACAGAGUGUUUAGUCCAGGUGGUCUAGUAUCUUACAUACACACGUGAAAAGCAAAGAUUCAUGUGCUGGGAGGGUUAUAUACAACUUUGUAUCUGCUAACAUGAGACGAGGGGUUGUAUGUACUAAUAGGUACAUAGAAAGAGACAAACCAUACUUUUGACAAGUUUAUUUAAUCCAGUGUGGCAGAAAAUGCACAACUACAAUAAAUGUAUCAUUUAAAUUUAAAAGUUGUUACCUGGCUUUGCUCUUUGGAAGAAACGUCUUUAAAGAGCCUCAUUGGCUCCAGAAAAAUUUUAAACAAUUAACAUGAAAAAUAUUAAUUUUCUUAGUGACAAUAUACAUACCUUUUUGUAUAAAGUUACCCCUAUAAGUUUCAUUAAAUAACUGUCGCACUAAUGAGAGGCACUAGGCUGUGGGCGCAGGGAGUUGCGCAGGUGCUGCUCGAGAGAUGACAGGAGAGCCUGAGAGGAGGGAGCUCAGCAAUAUUUACAUGGAAAGACCAAUCUCUAUAAAAAGUACUCAAAAUAGUGGGUCUUUGAGUUUAAACAAUUCACUGUUAUUUUACAUUCUAAAGUGCAUAUAGGUUGGUAUUUUUAAAAAUACCAUUGGAGAAGUUAAUCUGCGUGAAAAUAGAACAUCUUUCUGCUG